CUUUUGUUCAAUUCUUUAUAUAACAUUCAAUCUCAUUUUGGAAAACCAUUUGAUAUGGGAGAGACGCUUUAAUUGCAAACGAACCAACGAACGUUUGAAAUUUAAAGUGGUGUAAGCAAACAGAAAACAGAAUGGUUAAGCUUCAAGUGGCGUUAGCAUCCAAAUGGUCCUUCGUGGCGACUCUUUUGAUCAUUCUUUUCUCGCCUAUGCACGGCCUUUCUCCGGAUCAAAAACAACAAGUUACUGCUGGCCUUGAACUUGGAAAAGGGAUAGCGGAACUGCUUGAAAAGAAGGAAUUUAGAGAUUCUUUAACAAAGAUCGCAAAAAAUAUUGGCCCCUACCUUGGCGCAUUAGGUCCAUUCAUAGGGGUCGUUAUGGCGUUCAUUCCAUCUGAGUCGGAUGAGUUGGCUUUCAUGAAAAAUAUGAUGAAUACUAUUGACAAUCGUUUGGAUAGAAUGGAUAAUCGAUUUAACGACAUCGAACGAUUGAUUCAGUGGAAUGUUGUUCAAGUCAACUUCGGGCAACUAGAACAAAGGAUAAAUGCAGUGUCACGUGAGUUUAAAUAUAUUUAUGCUGUUCCGCAGGCUGCUGUGCAAAAUAGGAAGAUAAUUUUUAUUGCGAAUUAUGACGGUGAUUAUCAGAAUAGUGGCACAAAAUUGUAUCAAGCCAUUGUCCAAAAGCAAGGUACAUUUCAAGAAGAUCUUGGUACUUCCGUUUUGCGUUAUACCCAAAAUGACCGCAAAAAGACGCAGGUAUUUCUUCUCGGUGUAAUGCAACUUCUCUUGCAAGCUGUAAAAGUAGAAUUGGGCUAUCUUCUAGUUAACCAGUUUACCCACAAUGCAAAUUUUAUGAAGUCUGAUUGGGAAAAGAGAAUAAAGGAAGUGAAAGGAAAGUUCGAGCAAAUUGACUACCAGUGCACACAUGUAAAUUAUCACCCCCAAUCCGGAAAGGAUAUUGACGCAUACGCUGCUACAAACAGUGGUCAGACGAAUCGCCAAUUUGCCACUGGACUAUUUCAUCUCCUUGGCGGGAAAUACUACUGGAGGGACUGGAUUGUUGUCGCCUAUGACCCAAUAUCGGGCGGUGACAACCAUUGGGUAGGGGUUGGUGGAGGACACAUCAAAUUUAGGAAAAAUGGGAGAAACAUAGUAGUGGCAAGUGUGGACAAGAGCCGUUCAGUCAUGGAUUUAGCAAGAGCUGAGCAGCAAAUGAAAACAAUAGCCAUGACGAAACGUGAAGGAAAUUUUUGGGUCGGAUACAAGAAUGUCCGUAGAACUGCACAAGAUAUUUUUAACUCAUUAAAUAGAAGUGGUGCCUCAUUUGUUAGUGUUAUAAGAAGUGGAAAGAAUGCUUAUUACCAUUACCACACUAAGAGAGUGAAAUUCAUCCGCAGAAGUCCUUACUUUGACCUCAUGAUGUGGGGUUGAAAGAUUUUAGGUGUAACACUCGAGUGGUAUUGUCACUCCCUGAUCAAAUAAAUAUUUAUAAUUCAAA